ACCGUCCCCGAAGACGUAAGAGGGCGAGUAUCCCAAACUCGGCAGCGUGCGCGGUCACGUGACGUCAACACGCUUCAGCUACGUGCGCGCCCCCGUCGUGCACCAUCAACAUGGCGCUCGCCGCCGUAUCAGGAGUUAAAGUUCCUCGCAAUUUCCGGCUACUCGAAGAGCUGGAGGAGGGACAAAAAGGCAUGGGGGAUGGGACAGUCAGCUGGGGUCUAGAGGACGACGAGGACAUGACCUUAACCAGGUGGCGAGGUGUCAUCCUCGGCCCUCCACGGACGAGCUAUGAAAACAGGAUGUACAAUCUGAAGGUUGAAUGCGGACCAGGGUACCCUGAGUCGCCACCAUUUGUCAGAUUUGUGACCAAGAUAAACCUUAACGGCGUGCACACUUCUAAUGGUGUGGUGGACAUGCAUGCAGUGACAGCACUGGCCAAGUGGCAGAACUCGUACAACAUAAGGACGGUGCUGCUGGAGCUGCGGCGCCUCAUGACCUGCAAGGAGAACAUGAAGCUCCCUCAACCACCUGAGGGCCAAAUCUACACCAACUGAGCCCGCGUUGCUACUUUUGCCUCCAUUCAAUUCCUUCUUCCUCCCUUCCUUUGUUGGCUAACUUCCCUUCAUCACCUACGCAUUCCAUCAGUUGAGAGAUUGAAAGCAGAGCUGAAAAGAUACGAGCACACGCUCGUCAUUCUGGGUGACUUCUUUUCUCUUCCAACAUCGGAUCACUCGCUUGUGAUCAUUUGAAUACUGUACAUCUUUUUUUUAUGAUUUGUGGAAAAUUGCAGAUUGUACAAUAACAUAAAUAACCUGAAGAAGUGUA